CCGGGUCCGAAAAGUUCGAAUAGCCACAGCCUGUUACCCCCAAAUCGUGUAGCGAACAAGGCAACAAGGAUAUAGUUAUUUUCAUGAUGUUUUUUUUUUAAAUGACAAAAGGAAAGCCGGGAUCAAAUUCCACAGUUGUUGGCUACCCAGCUGUUUUCUUUUUACAUAUUAAUGAAAGAUCUUAAAUUUACUUCAGCUUUCAUUCAUUUAUUUGAAGUGGAAAGCAGACCAGUUUUACAAUUAUACUUUUUAAGACAAUCUCGGAUACAAAAUGGCCGGAGAAGUUGUUGUCGAUGCCUUACCAUACUUUGAUCAAGGAUAUGAUGAUCCUGGAGUAAAAGAAGCUGCUAUUGCCCUUGUUGAGGAGGAAACAAGACGUUAUCGCCCGACAAAAAAUUACCUCGAUUAUUUGCCUAAUCCAAAUUAUCAUGCAUUUGAAACAGAAAUUAUUAAAAACGAGAUGGAAAGAGUUCAGGUGAGUUUCACAAAUGUUCAAUAUUUUUUUACUGUUCAUCCUCUUGCCUUAAACUUAAACAUAACUCCAACACUUGGCUACAUUAAACUUAAGUGGGUUUAUUUGGAGAGAUAGCACCCCAACGUUAUUUGCGUGUUUUGUCCCUAGUUCCGAUAGGGUCAAAACCCUAGUUCCGAUAGGGUAAAAACCCUGGUUCCAAUAUUUCAUUACUGCUGUCAGUGUCUUGAAAUAAUAGCUCCUGUACUCGUUGAACUGAUAAAUGUUUGCGUGUCGCCAUGGCUAAAUAAAUAGUAAAAUUUUAAAAAUAUAAUGUACCAUCUGCUAUUGAAUAUGAAUAUGAUAAAUUAAAAAUUGAGAACUAAAUGAUUCAUGAUUGAUAUCUUUUUGCAAGAAAAUUAGGAAAAGAGAAAGAAAUUUUUUUACAGUCUGCAAUGCGAAAGUAGAUACAUAUCAGAAAAACAAAAGACACAAGAUCCUAACACCGCAUUUGCUUUUAUUUAGUUUGGACAAGUUUAAUCGUGGCCACUGGGCUAUGUUAGUCUUUUAUUUAUUUAGACGUGAUAACUCGUGGUGACCGUUUGUCGGACCAAUUUAGCAGCCCGAGUUAACUCAGGCAGAACGGUAAAUGCGUUAACUUAAGACACUUUAGUAAAAAGAAAUUCAUUUAAUUAAAAUAUUACAGUUGUCAUGAGUUGUAUAGAGCAAACUUCAAAUAAAAUAAAACCAGAAUCAACUGUCUAGUUUUAUUAGUUUUUGAGCUAUAUCUACUACUACUAUGGUUAUGACUAUGAAUUUUUAAAUUGUGAGUAUGAGCAUGUUUUUAAUUUGUUAUUAUUAUGGUAGUACUAUGGACUCCACAUUUUCAAUCAUUUUGUGACCCAAUUCUACAGUUCUCGCCAUCUGCUAUAACUGAUGUUUUUAUGAUAAUUUGCAAUAACUGUUAUUUUUGGGAUAUAUUCUAUAUUAUAAUUUGUAUUUCAAAGAGAAAUUCAAACUUACAUUUUUACUCUGGUAAAAAAAUAAAAAAGUUGUAGCAUACCUUGAUAUCAUUAUCAUUGCUAUAGUAUUAUAGGUAACCGGUCUGGUAUGUAUUGAAAGGCUAUUCCGUUAACCAAUCUAAGCCAGGCUAUGUUAUUAUGGUAUACUCAUUAAGUCAUUAUCGGCAAUGCAUUCCUUAAAAGAUUCUGGAAAUGAUAUAUUUUUGUAACUUUCAAAUUUUCACAUGAUUAAUUAGUUAACUAUUGUUUGCACACCCCAUAGUGUUCAUACUUAUGAUUGAAACUCUGUGAGUGCUCUAAGCUUAUAUACUGUACUGUCUCAUUGCUCAUGACAAUGGCUGCACACUUCUCUAAAUGUAAGAAUGUGACUGCAUGAUUCAAGACCCACAUUUGCCUUUCAAUACUAUUAAACUAUGUUGGAAAUAUAUUCUAAUUAUAUUUUAUAAUGACCUUUACUCAAAUUAAAUAAAUAUAUUAUGUGAACUGGAGCUGAUAAACUGCUUUCGCUAUUAUGAAGGGAUUGGUGGUCGAAGUGAUCGUAGUUAGAUCAAGCACCAUCCAACUUACUAAUAUAAAUCAUAGUGUCUCUGGUAAAAAAACAUAUUGCUUUGAAAAUUGGCUUGAAACUAAUGUGCAUCAAUGUAUACUGAAUGUAUAUAAUAAAAAAGAAAGGAAUAUAUUGUACAUUUUAAAUUGUAAAUCAAAACAUGGGAAGAUGCCACAUAUUGACUUUGCACCAUCCUGGUUCACUAAUUAAAAUCAAAGCAUCUCUGCUAAACAACAUAUGGCUUUGGAAAUUGGCUCUAGUGUACAUCAAAGUAUACUGAAAAGAUACAAUAAAUUGGGAAGGUGUAUAUAUUCUAUUUUGACUAAAGCUAUACAUGGAAAAAUGCCCUAUAAUGUAAAAGUAAAAGCAAAAUAAAUCAAUAGUAAUGUGGGCCAAGAUUUAACAGUUAACAUGCGAAAGGAUACAGCAAUUUUAUGACCAAAUAUUCCUUUCUUCAUCAAUGGAAAAACAUCAAAAAAUUAUAAACUCAGAUGAUUUUUUUGCACUGAAGCCCAUUUCCUAGACAAAUUUUGAAGUAAGUCUUCUCUUGUUUUACAGAAGUGCAUACUAUAGGUAUUAUGAAUUGAAUCACAUGGUGACAUGCUAUAUUAAUGGCUUAUAAUGUCAUAAUAUAAACUCAGUGAAACUAGAGCUAGUUUAGGUGCUGAAGACAGCCAAUCUUUUAUAUUAGUAAUAUGGCCCAAAAAACUAAAGUUAACACUGCAUAUUGGAAUUAGAAGAUAAAUUAAACAAGGUAGUUUUUUUAGGUUAAAAAUGUAAUCUCAACUUUCUGUAAUGUUCUUGAUUUUUUUUUUCUACAACAUGUAAUUUAGGUCAAUUAUGAUGCUGUGAAGGCAUGGUAAAUAAUAGGCUUUUAAAAUAAAAUUACAAUCAGAUGAUUAGUCAAUCAAAUUUUGAUCUUAACAAGUGUGUCAACUUUGCCCAGUUAUAAAUCAUUUCAUUCUCCACUCUCUCUAUAGGCUCGCUUACCAAUGGACAUGAUGAGCAUGAAGAGAUAUGAACUUCCUACACCUCCAGCUGGGAAGAUGACUGAUAUAACAGCCUGGCAAGAAUGUGUAGAUAACUCUCAAGCCCAGCUAGAACAUCAGUCUUUAAGAAUACUUAAUCUAGAACUUAUGUCAGAAUAUGGAUCUGCUGCAUGGCGGUCCUAUAAUUCAGUGGUUGGUAGCAUGAUUGAGCAGGCACAGAAACAGUUGCAGGUAAAAAAUGGUUUGUCCCUCAGAUUAAAAAUUCUAUUUAAAUGCUAAUCAAUUUGCAUAUCCUUCAUUAAAAUUUUUUUUUUUAAAGAACUAGUUUAAAAAAAAAAAUUAUUAACAGAGGGUAUGGUUGAUCAGAGUGGUGGGUGAAAUAAAAACUAGAACUAAAUAAUCAGGUGUAAAGGAGAUAGUUUUAAAAAUUUUAAUACAUUAAAUUGGGUCUGGGAGUAAAAGAAAGAAAAUUGUACCCAAAAAUUUCUCCAGGGCAAAAUAGUCUUGUAAUUUUAUAAUAAUGAGUAAUCAAACUAGAAUUAAAAUAUAAAGCAUGGGAUAAAUUCUUUUUCUGACUGAAAUUUCUAAGUCUAUAUUUAUUUUGAUAUUGAUAUACCCUUUUUUUUUUUAAAUUGCAGGAACUUCGUAAAAAGAUUCAAGAAAUCAACUGGCAACGUAAAACAGAACAAACUCAAGCUGGAGAAAAAUUGAGGGAUCUGGAAACAAGUUGGGUUGGAUUAGUGAGUAAAAACUAUGAGAUUGAAAGAGCCUGUGCUGAACUGGAGAAGGAAAUUCAAGAAGAAGACCAGAAGCAAGCCAGGCGAGGGAGAAAAAGAUUACGCGAUGACUCGUGAGAAAAUUAUAAUUUGGUGAUUAAUGAGAAAAUGUUUGUUUUUGUGUUACUGAAAAGUGAAUUGAUAGACUAGUAUUAAAAUUUAUUUGUUUUAUUUUAAAAUAUUGAUGGCGGUAUGUGAACAGAUUAUCUUUGGUGCAUACUAUCACUCAUCAAAGGUUAAAUAUUAACUAUUUUUUAAUGUAUCAGACAUGACCUUUAUUUCAUAAAAGCUUUUAUUGUAAUAUGUUUUAACCAGAAACAAGAAACAGUAUGGUUACUAAAGAUUUAAGCAAGCCAUUAAAUUAAACAGAAAAAUACUUUUAUUUAUACCAGAGAGAGGUUAAGUUAUCACCAAUGAUCUGGAGAUUUCUCACAGACAAACCAAACCUCCAUUUAAGUCAUAGUUGCUGCAUGAAACAUUUACUGAGAUAUGCUCUUUUUGUUUGAGAAUCUAUGUAUUGAUAUUUAUUCACUGGGAAACAUUAAAAAAAAAUUUUUUAUGGAUUUAUAUUUUACUUUUAAAUUGUUAUUUAUUAUUUAAUUUUUUAUUAUAAGUCAUGUGUAAAUUUGUUAUAAAUUAAUCAUUAAUUUGUCAGCAGUGGUCAAAUUUACUGUUCAUUGGUUUGGACCCACUUGAGUGGGGAAAUAUUAUAUUGUUGUUGGCCCAAAGUGUUCCCAUAUAACUUCUUAACUAACUAAGGUAAUAUCUAAUAAGGGUUAGUUUAAAAUAACCUACUUAUAGUAAGCUAUGAUAAAUACAGAUAUGUCAUGAGAUUAGCAGGCUUACUUCUCAUGGAUUUGUGAAAAUUUGCGACAUUGUGUAAAAUUAGUUAAAAGUUUUAACGCACAACUUGAUACCGAAAUAUUUUAUAACAGAAUUUCACAGUUUAAGUAUACAUGUUAAAAAAAACAUUUCCUUCAAGUGAUUAAAAUUAAACAAGUAAUUAGCACUUCUUUCCUCACCAAUACUGACAUUUUUAAUAGUUUAAACAUUUUUAAAUUGGAAUAAUACAUAUUUUUUUGAAAGUAACUCUUAGUCUUAGCUUAGAAAAAAAUUUUUUUCAUAUAACUAUAGUGCUUAGAACUAAUACAAGCACAAUGCUCUUUUAGACAUUUAGAAUCUCCAAGCACGUAACUGGCAAGGGGAAUACUUCGGAAUAGAUUUUUAUUCAUUAUUAUCUAAUUUUUCUUUUAGACUGGGUAGUAUAUUUUGGUGUCCUACAUUUUUAUUACUUUUGCUUGAUGCCAUUUGGCACACAUAAUUAAAAAAUUACUCAAGAAAUCAGUUGUUAAUGGUAAUGGUAGCUACAAAUGUUGCUUGAUUUAUUCUGAUUCUUUGAUGCAUAUCAGCACGUUUGGGCUAGACCUUCUCCUAUAAUGUUAUUUGAUCCUUUAGAUUUGUCAGUCUCCGGCUGUCUGAUUUAGCUCAUACCCUAACAGAAUACUAAAAAAGACAAUGCCAUUUUGAGAAUCUUAAAAUAACUUUAUGCUGCACAGGCACUUCAAGUUUAAUGAAUUUAUAACACCUAAAUUUUAAAGAAAUAAUAUUAUGCCAAUUAUUAAUUUUUAUCUCUUUUUUAUUUUAUGUCCGUGUCACAACUUUGGGCACUUAAAAUUUCGGAAGCCUUAGGCGUACACCAGAGUUGCCAACUCAAUAAAAUAUAAAAAAAUUAAAAAUAUGCUUAAUCGCCACAAUUUUUACAGACAAGUAAAUUUUUAUGCGCACAUUUUUAAUACCGUAUAUAAUUGUUGAAAACUGGAU